AUGAGUUUUUCUACAACAUGUGAAUUCGAUCACUCUAAAAAUAUUCAUCGUAAAUUUAAUACUCUACAUAUCUCAUCAAGAAAACAUAUAGAUCCAUUAGUAACUACAAAACCAUUCGAAACACGUAAUCAUGGAUAAUAAUUUGAAUAACAUUUUGCUCAUUACUUAAAAGGUGACUUAAAUCUAUAAAGAUUAAUUCAAACACUCAAUUAUCCAAGAUUAAAUGCUGAACAAUAACUCUAACCUAAACAUAGAAUGACUCUUAAAAUACGUCAAUAAACUGAAUAAAGAAAAAAUUAUCUAAAAAGUAAAAUUGUCAAAGUUCGCAAUCUUAUCAAAGAGAAAGUAGCUAUUAAGAAACCUCAUAAUGAAGAAAUUAGACAAGGCAAUGCUUAAACUCUUACUAUAGUAUAAACUAUUUUAGACAUUGCUAAUCAUAAAGAGAAUUCUGGAGGUUAUUAAGAGAAAUUAAUACCAAAAACUAAAAACUUAAAAUAAUAUAGACUCAAUUAUGAUAAUGUUGAACCAGUUUGUAAAUUACAAUAAUAAGUUAUUUAAUCAAUCCCUCCAAGAUCCUAUCUUAAAUCUGUACUUGAAAAUAAUGCUUAACUCUAUCUCUAAGAAUUAUAAGAUCAAGCUGAAUAACAUGAUAAUAAUAUCAAUAAGAUUGUACGUCUAAGUAUCUAAACAAAAUAGAAUGAUUUUACUCUAUUUCAUAAAGCAGCUAAAACUGAUCGUAGAAAUUAAGAUGGAAUCUUAACACAUGCUGAUGUUUAAUUGUAUGAUUAUUUAUACAAUAAACCUAAGGGAGUCAUGAUUCAAAAACAUCCUAAAUAUAUUUAAAAUGUUAUUGAUUCUGAAGUUGAUUUUAGAAAGAACUUUGGUAGAAAAGUACUUACUCAUCGUCACAAAAGAACUCAUUAUAAUUAAGAUCCACCUGAUAAUCCUGAUGAUUCUUGUGCUUCUUCUUUAUAAUCUGCUUGUGAAAUUAAAUUAGAUAAUUAUUAUGCAGAAACAAGAGAAUGGAAACGUAAAUAAUAUUUACAAUUACCCAGACGUAUCAAAUAAUUGAUUGCCUUAGAAGAAUUGAAUUAGUAAUUCUCACCUAUUCAUCUAGGAAAGCCAUCUAUACGACAGUUAAUAAAUUAGAAACUUAAUGACAAUAAACAUGAUGAC